AUGAGUAGAAGGUUAAUGCAGCGCGGCGAGACGGACUGUGGAGGAGCAGUAAUGAAUCCCCAUCAUCCUGCUGAAACCUGGGAGGGCAGCGUGAGAGAGGAGUGCUGCUGUUGUGGAAGAGCACGGCCUGUGAACAGCGACACAACAAGGUGACAGAGAAAAAACAAUAUGUCAGUGAUUGAACAAUCAUUUUGGUUUAGCUUGGAUAAAAUUAAAUCUUAAAAUUUUGUUCAGUGAGCAGGAUGAUCACAGAUCUCAGGAGCAAAGCGAUGAGGAGGAUCUUGAACCUCCUUUACCACUGAGAGCUGAUGAUGAGUGGCUACACUGCAGUCCUUUUCUUGCUGCUCACCACAACAUGCACAACUUUGGUAAGAAAAUCCCGUCAAGACUUUUAUUACUUCAGAACAAAGAGAGAAAAAAGAGGAAGAUGAUGAAAUUUCCAAACUUGUUGAAAGUUUCACAACCAAUGAAACAACGCAGCAGUAGUCCACUGAUAGGAAAAGACUAAAUUGAACACAGAAGUCAAAAAAUCAUGAACUCAAUUUGCAUCUGGAUGAACUCUGUCAGAAUUAAAUAAUUGUUUAUUUUGAGUAUUUUUUUAUGCUUUGAUAAUUUGAUCGGUAUAUUUUUUCUUGGCCUAUUAUUCAUAUCUACAUUUAUAUUAAAGGCUCAUGUUUAUUAUAAAUGUGAACAGCACCUGUUGCGUAACUUAAAAACAAAGUUCAUUAUGUCUCUAAUCACAGCAGUGAAGAUGAUUGAAACAACACGUAGUAUAAGUUGGUAACUCAACAAAAGAUUGCACUAAACUUCGGUGUAUAUUGAGUUACUUCUCAUAACUGUUACAGCAUUUGAUGUAUUUAAUUAUGUCCAAAAAAAUAAAGAUCUUGAUGGAUUUUGUUUAGUGUAAAAGGUGCAAUUGUCUGCGUCAGUACACCGCCUAUCAAAGUAAUGUAUUACUCAAUAUCUAGGUAAGUAAAAUUACAAUGUCCAAAGUUUUGACAAAGCUGAGUUUAACAAAACAUUUUAUUCACCAGAAGAUGAAAAUAAGGGUGAUAUGGAAACUAAAAUUUAGCUUUGCUUCCAGAACUUUGAUUGGGGUGUACUCAUUUUUGUAUCCUGAUUUUAAAUUGAAAAAAAUACUUUUUUGUAUGGAACUUAAAAAAUCUUGUUUUCAAUCAACGGCCUUCAUUUGGGGGAGUAUUUUUUGUGUUUCGUCUGACAUAAAAAAUGUUGAUUUUGAAAGAAAACUAAAGGAUUUCCUGACAAUUCUGAAGGGGUGAACUCAUUUAUGCUGAGCACUGAAUACAUUUUUCAACAUUUAUAGUAUUAAGUGAUGAUUUGAAUUUAUCCACAGAGCCUCAUCAUGCUGUAGAAAACAGGUUUUAUCAAGCAGCAGAAGAAAGGCACUUCAACUUCAAUCAAGUCAACAGGUUCCCUCCUCACUACCCUGCUCCCUGGCACCCCAGAGGACCCUACAGUGACCCCCAACACUGGUAAAAACAUCACAGGUGUAUUGACAGCUUUUGUAAAAUUAAGUGAGUUGGGUUUCUUUUUGUGCGUAAUUCAAACAAAUCAGACAACAAAUGUCUUUCUUGUGCUGCUAUUCAGGCCUAAAAGCCACGAUCACUUCAUGAGUGGCAGCCUCGCACAGGGAAGCGUCUCAGUGAACGUCCCCCAGUUCUCCGUCCCACCUGUGGAGGGUGUGUCCCAGGUCAGCGUGAUGAACUUAAGCUCAGCAGAGGCCUCUGUCUCACAUCAGCACGAGAAAAGAAGAACCAUCAGUCUGCCGGACGAGUGCCGUGAGUUAUGUUUGAUGAAGUGAUGUGUCAAAGUUUGAAGCUGUCCUCUAUUUCUGCGACUCUGUUUUCAUCUGAGCGACAUCCAUGAGGUCGUCAUGGUGUGAGACGAUGCUGGCAAAAAGUGUCAUUGUUACACCAGGAAUCAGGGUGUGCAAAUACCUGCCAUGCCUGUUUAGGGUGGCGGUUAAAUAUUUUGAGUAUUUUUCAUAUCAGACUCUCACGUGGAUGAGUUUUUCAUGCACAUGAUUGAAGUUUAUUUUGAUAAGUUUGUUAGUAAAGAGCGCAAGCAGGUAUCAGUUGUGUUUCACAUGCUGGUAGGUGUAGUUGAGUUAUUUGUGGGGCUAGGAUAACAGUUUACCUCAUUUGUGUGUAUGUAUGCCUACAUAUGAGUGCAUAUAUUUGUUCUGGGGAGUUAUAUGACACGGAAACAUUUGGAAAUAACAAUACUAACUAAUAAAAGUAAAUAGACUAAUGUGACAGAACAAAGGAAAAAAAAUUACAUUUAGAAAGAAAAACUAUAUAUAUAUAUAUAUAUAUAUACAAUAUAUAUAUAUAUAUAUAUAUAUGUAUGCAUGCAUAUAAAUUUACACACAGAUAUAGGUAUUAGUUCAUUCAUUUAUCUGUUUUUUUUUUCCCCACUCUCUAAAGAAUGUUAAAAAAUGUCUCAUAAUAUUUCUGUAUUAGGGCACAUAUAACAGACAAAAUAAAUAUUAGUUUGAAUUUGUUGAUCAGCUGAUUUAAAGUUUGUGUUGUUAUAAUGUAUGUUUUAAAUUGUGGUGUUUUUUGUCUUUUUAAUUAGCAUAAAACCACAUUCCUUGAGAAUUGAAAUGCAGUCAGACACAAACUUUACUCCAUCCUCUCUCUCUACACAGGAAACGUUUUCAUCACUUAUUCUCUGGAUGCUUCCGCUGAGAUCGUCCCCUUUGUGGAUUUCCUGACAAAACAAGGUUUUCGACCAGCUGUGAGUUACUUACACUCUUAAAUUUAAAGAAAAAAGUCUCUUAUGAAAACUAAGUGUUCGCUUACAUGCAUGGAUUUCAUUUGUCAGAUUGACAUAUUCGACAACCCCAUCAGACGCAUGGAUAUUAACAAGUGGAAGGACAGUUACCUGAAAGACGUGGGUGAAUACAUUGAUUGAGCCUCGAUUUUUUUGCUGGUUCUUUAUUGUAACAAAAGAUUUUCACUUUUUCAUGUCAUCACCGUGUGUAAACUCAGAGUGUUUUUUCCAGCCAUCUACCCUGAUCAUCGUUGCCAUCAGUCCAAAAUACAAGGAGGACAUUGAAGGAUCUGUUGUUGAUAAUCAUGGUCUGCACACUCGAUAUAUACACUCGAUGGUGAGAACAUGUUUGAUCUUUAAGAACUGAGAAAUCGUUUCCCUCACAGCAGGUUAAUAAAGUUUAAUCUUGUUCUUUUUAGAUGCAGAGUGAAUUUAUUCAGCAAGGCAGCUUGAAUUUCAGAUUCAUACCUGUCCUCUUCCUCAAUGCAUCACAGGUCAGAUUCUGUAGAUUCUGUUGAUUUCACAAUGAGGUUUUGCACUUUGAUCAUAUCUAACAUACAUUCCAACAUCUCUAUCUUUUAAUGAACUCUACUACGAAACAUGUACAUGCAGAAGCACGUCCCUACCUGGCUCCUGAACACGCGCGUGUACCGCUGGCCGCAGGACACUGAGGAUUUGUUGCUGCGGCUGCUGAGGGAGGAGAGAUAUGUUCCUCCUCCUGUUCCCAUGGAGCUCACCCUGAUCAUUCGGCCUGUGACCCCCAGCUCUGCAGCUUCUAUGUAA